UGCACUUCCGGUCGGCAUUUUGUUCUGUUGAGGAGAAGCGAAUUCCUGAUCCCCGGAGCGCCGCGCAACGACUUGACUCCUCCCCUCCUACCUUCACCGGCAUCCUUCGCCUUCCAAGCCAGUGGCCUAGCGGAAAUACAACGUAAACUACCCGGACUGCCUUACUGCGCUGCCACCCGGGCCUGCGGUGUUCUCUUGCUCCCUCCUCCCGGACCGGUCGCCUGUGCUGCGUGGAGAGGGGGCUUGUGCUUCACCCGGAAGGAGCUGUUGUUUUGUGGUUGUUCGGCCAGGAAUCUCUCCCCCCGCCUGGUCCCCGGCGGCUGCGGGAGGGAGGGGGGCAGGUCAGGGGCAGGAGGAGGAGAAGGGAUCGGCUCCUUCCCCCGCUCCCCUUCUGGCUACAUGUUCGCGGCACCGAGGCGGAAGCUACGCCAAGACGGAUUAUCCAGGCGUGUGUAAGGAUCAUCCCGCCUCGGCUAUUCUAGCACAUCCCGGAGGCCGCGGGCUCAUCCCGCCGCUCACUCAGUGUUUAGGAAAUGGAAAGUAAUGACAGCUGGCACGUCUACUAAAAUACCUGGAUAGAUACCACCAUCCUCCAGCAUCAGGAUGAAUGGGGAUAUGCCUCAUGUUCCCAUUACAACUCUUGCGGGGAUUGCUAGUCUCACAGACUGUGAGUAUACUCCAUUACACGUUGUGUUAGAACUUAAAGAUAAUCUUGGAAGUGAUGACCCCGAAGGUGAUAUUCCGGUCCUGCUGCAGGCCACUUUGGCCAGAAAUCCCAAUGUUUUCAGGGAAAAAAGUAUGCAGAACAGAUACGGAGUGCAAAGUGGGAUGAUGAUGCCUCAGUAUAAGCUUCCCCAGAAUUCCAUGCAUGGCAGCCCUGCUUCUUCCAAUUAUCAGCAAACCACUAUCUCACACAGCCCUUCCAGUCGGUUUGUGCCACCUCAAACCAGUUCAACAAACAGGUUUAUUGGUCAGCAAAAUAGUCCUGUUCCUAGUCCAUAUGCACCUCAAAGUCCUGCAGGGUACAUGUCUUAUCCCCAUCCUGGAGGUUAUGCUCAACAUCAACAGAUGCAACAAGCCUCUGUCUCAAGUCCAAUAGUAGCAGGUGGGCUAAGAAACCUGCAUGAAAAUAAAGUCUCUGGGCAACUGUCUGGCAGUUCAGCAAACCACCAUACAGAUAAUUCCAGACAUAGCACCAGUGAGGACUACCUCCAGAUGGUACAUAGACUUGGCAGCGAGGAUAGUGACUCUUCAAUACGAAAUGAAACCUCCUUCUCCCUGCGUUCCCCACAGUCUGUUUGCUCUCCUCCUGAAAUUGAAGGGACUCCAAAAGCAUCAAGACCAUUAGUACUUCAAACACAGCCCCCUCCCUAUGCCUCCCCCAGAGAUGCUCCUCCUGACAUACUCUUGGACUCUCCAGACAGAAAGCUGAAGAAACAAAAAAAGUUAAAAUUAAGUAAAGAUGAAAAGGAGCAAAAUGAAAAGUCUGCUAUGUAUGACAUCAUUAGUUCUCCUUCAAAGGAUUCCACCAAACUCACUUUAAGACUUUCACGUGUGAGAUCUUCUGAAAUGGACCAGCAAAGUGACAUUCUCUCUAGUAUGGAGAAUAGUAAUGUCUCAGAAGGAGACACCUCCUUCAGCGUACAAUACCCAGGGCAUGCAUCAAAAACACCAGUCACUCCACAGGACAUUAGUCGGCCUUUGAAUGCUGCUGCUUGUUUGCAGGAACAGACUGAAUUCCUACAGGUGCAGCAAGUACCUGUCCUACAACCUAACAUGUCAGCAAAACCAUCUCAUCCUCCUGUGGCCCACUCACAAUCCCAACAAACAGGAAACAUAACACCAUAUGAUGAAGUGGAGCUGGAUGCUCUGGCAGAAAUCGAGAGGAUAGAACGUGAAUCUGCCAUUGAGCGAGAGCGUUUUUCUAAAGAAGUUCAGGACAAAGAUAAACCUUUAAAGAAAAGGAAACAGGAUUCCUACCCAUUAGAAGCUGGAGGUGCUACUGGAGGAAACAGACCAGCUUCUCAGGAGGCUAACUCAACAGGAAAUGGUUCACGGCCAGCUCUGAUGGUUAGCAUCGAUCUCCAGCAUGCUGGCAGAGGGGACUCUCAGGCAACUGUAACUCAGGAUUCAGACUUUGUCAGAAAAAUAGAAGAAUCAAAGCCUUGUAACGAUGGAUAUUCUUCUGGUCUUCAUGAGGAUUCUGUUGUAGUACUUAAACCUAAUUCUGAAAACAACCCAAGCACGCCACAGAAAAGGCCAGAGAUAGAAUCUGAAAAUUGCGAUAAUUUAAUAAAAAGCACAACUGAUAACCAUCCAGUUGAUAGUAGACAGGAGGAAGUUGUUAUUGAAGCAAAAAUGUGUGACAUCAAGGCAGAACCUGCAGAGAGUAAUGAAGAAUCCAUGUGUUUAGAAAACAGCAAAACGGAAGCAAAGUCUGAUAGUUGUGAAGCAAGUGUAGAAGAGAACAAAAUAAAUAUUGAGGAUAUAAAAACAGAGUCAAAGCUUGCUGAGCUUGCAAAUGAAUCAGAGCUCUCUGACAUCCAUGGCGAGACCAAACAAAAUAACAAAAAUACAUGCAUUACAGCUGAAAACAAGCAAGAGCUAAAACAAAGACCUGAUAUUCCUAAGCAGAAGAAUGAAGGCAUGCCAGAGACGCCUCAACAACAAACUGAGGGCAAAUCUGCGAUAUCUAGGCAAAAGAGUGAGGAUAAAUCCGAUCAAUCAACGCAUAAGAGCGAAGGAAACCCUUCCACUCCUAAGCAAAAGAGUGAAGGAAACCCUUCCUCUACCAAACAGAAGAAUGAAGGAAAUCCCUCCACUCCUAAGCAGAAGAGCGAAGGAAAUUGUUCCAUUUCCAAGCAAAAGAGCGAAGGAAAUCCUCCUACUCCCAAGCAAAAGAGCGAAGGAAAUCCUUCUACUCCCAAGCAAAAGAGCGAAGGAAAUCCUUCUACUCCCAAGCAAAAGAACGAAGGAAAUCCUUCUACUCCCAAGCAAAAGAACGAAGGAAAUCCUUCUACUCCCAAGCAAAAGAACGAAGGAAAUCCUUCUACUCCCAAGCAAAAGAGCGAAGGAAAUCCUUCUACUCCCAAGCAAAAGAGCGAAGGAAAUCCUUCUACUCCCAAGCAAAAGAGCGAAGGAAAUCCUUCUACUCCCAAGCAAAAGAACGAAGGAAAUCCUUCUACUCCCAAGCAAAAGAGCGAAGGAAAUCCCUCUACUCCCAAGCAAAAGAGCGAAGGAAAUCCCUCUACUCCCAAGCAAAAGAGCGAAGGAAAUCCCUCUACUCCCAAGCAAAAGAGCGAAGGAAAUCCCUCUACUCCCAAGCAAAAGAGCGAAGGAAAUCCCUCUACUCCCAAGCAAAAGAGCGAAGGAAAUCCUUCUACUCCCAAGCAAAAGAGCGAAGGAAAUCCUUCUACUCCCAAGCAAAAGAGCGAAGGAAAUCCUUCUACUCCCAAGCAAAAGAGCGAUGGAAAUCCUUCUACUCCCAAGCAAAAGAGCGAUGGAAAUCCUUCUACUCCCAAGCAAAAGAGCGAAGGAAAUCCUUCUACGCCCAAGCAAAAGACUGAAGGAAAGCAAGAGGCAUCCAAACAAAAGAGUGAAGGAAAUCCUUCCACCCCUAAGCAAAAGAAUGAAUCUAGAUCGGAACAGAGUAAGCAAAAGAAUGAUAGCAGAGCAGAGACACCUAAACAAAAAAGUGAUGGGCGUUCUGAUAGUCAAAGAAGAAAGAGUGAUGAGAGUCCAGAAACACCGAAACGAUCUAAUAGUCAAAGACGAAAAAGUGAAGAGAGUUCAGAAACUCCAAAACAUAAACAUGAGAACAGAAGGGAGUCCAUCAGACUAUCAACAGAUAAAAAAACAGACUUGUCUAAAAAUAAAACUGAUUCCAGGUGUGUCUCCCCUAGGGUUAGACUUGAUAGUCGAUCAGAUGCAUCAAAACAGAGAGUAGAUGGGAGACCUGGACAUGAUGGUUCAAGGCGUGACAGUGAGCGACUUAAACAAAAGUCGGAUGACAAAGGGGAUUCUGAUCGACACAAAGUAGACUUGACUAGAGUUAGGAGGCCAGGGUCCUUAAGAUCCCUCAAUAAAAGUGAGCAGGAGUCAAAACAAGGAGCUAAAUCGGAUAAAUCUGAUGCAUCUAAAAUGGAUAAAUCUGAGAAGAAACAGCGGCGUGAUUCAGAUGAAUCCAAAGAUAAAUUAACUUCUGGAGAUCAAAAACUGAGGUCUAGCAGUCCUCGGAUUAGAACUGAAAGUAAAGUUGAUCCUAAUAAAUCUAAAUCGGAUAAACCUGGAAUAAAAUCACCUAGUGGUAAAGAUGAAAAAAGGACCGAUGGUAACAAAUGUAAGGGUGAUGGGAAUAAAGCAAAUAGUGACAGCAAAGCAGAGUUACCCAGUUUUUUAAUGGGGGGGAGGCAAGGCACUUUGAAGCACUUUGUAAUUCCAAAACUCAAGCGAGAUAAGGAUGGUAAUAUUACUCAGGAUGCUAAACGGUCUGAAUUAAAAGGGGGUUUGAAAGAUAAGGGAGAGAAGAUGGACUUGGUGGAGGACCUUAAUAAAGGCGCUAAACCCGUUGUUGUUCUUCAAAAGCUGUCUUUGGAUGAGGUACAAAAACUAAUUAAGGAAAGAGAGGAAAAAGCAAGAACUUCACUAAAAUCUAAUAAAACUAAGACAUCGAAAUCCAGCAAAGGUAACAUUGACCAGUCUGUGUUAAAGGAGCUGCCUCCUGACUUGGUUGCUGAGAUUGAGUCAUCCAUGCCGCUAUGUGAACGAGUAAAAAUGAAUAAACGCAAACGCGCCACCGUUAAUGAAAAGCCCAAAUAUGCAGAAAUCAGCUCAGAAGAAGAGGAAGCGGAAGAGGACAAUGACAGCGAGGAAGCAUUUGAACCUUCCAAGAAAAGACACAAGAAAAAUAAAUCUGAUGAUGAAUGGGGGUGUGAUGAACGAGAGAGGCGAGGUUCUGGCGAUCAUCGCCGUGACAGCAGACGAAGUGGUCGCUAUCGUGCAAGAAGCCCUGAGGACUCUGAUAUGGAAGAAUCUCCUCCUCCUCCAAGCCUAAGUGAUGUUGCACGAAGGAUGAAGAAGAAAGAGCGUCAAAAGAAAAGGAAAGCAUAUGAGCCUAAGCUAACACCUGAAGAAAUGAUGGAUUCCUCUACAUUUAAAAGGUUUUCUAACGCUGUUGAAAAUAUUUUGGAUAAUUUGGAAGACAUGGAUUUCACUGCCUUUGGUGAUGAUGAAGAAAUACCUCAAGAGAUGCUUCUGGGAAAACAUCAACUAAAUGAACUUGGAAGUGAAUCUGCGAAAAUUAAAGCUAUGGGCAUUAUGAAUAAGAUCUCAUCUGAAAAACUGGUUAAGUUAAUGGGCAUUCUUGAAAAAAAUAUUCAGGAUGGAUCAAAGCUUUCAACGCUUCUGAAUCAUAAUGAUACAGAGGAUGAAGAAAAAUUGUGGCGAGAUCUGAUAAUGGAGAGAGUUACAAAGUCUGCAGAUUCCUGUCUUACUGCCAUCAACAUUAUGACAUCACAGAGUAUGCCAAAGGCUGUAUAUAUAGAAGAUGUAAUAGAGCGAGUGAUUCAGUACACAAAAUUUCAUUUGCAGAACACACUUUAUCCUCAGUAUGACCCAGUCUAUAGGGUAGAUCAUCAUGGAGGUGGUUUAAUGAGUUCAAAAGCGAAACGAGCCAAAUGUUCAACACAUAAGCAGAGAGUUAUUGUAAUGCUUUAUAAUAAAGUGUGCGAUAUUGUUGCCAGCUUAGCAGAACUACUAGAAAUACAGCUUCUUACAGACACAACUAUUCUACAGGUGUCGUCUAUGGGAAUUACCCCUUUCUUUGUUGAAAAUGUAAGCGAGUUGCAGUUGUGUGGCAUCAAGUUGGUCACUGCGGUAUUCUCUAGGUACGAGAAACACAGGCAGCUAAUUUUGGAAGAAAUAUUCACUUCUCUUGCCAGGUUGCCAACAAGUAAAAGAAGCCUAAGGAAUUUCAGGUUAAACAGUAGUGAUGACGAUGGGGAAGCUUUGUACAUUCAAAUGGUCACAGCGUUAGUUUUGCAGCUUAUACAAUGUGUAGUUCACCUACCAUCAGAUAAAGAUUCAAAUGCAGAAGAAGAGUCUAACAAAAAAAUUGACCAGGAUGUGCUCAUCACUAAUUCAUAUGAAACUGCCAUGAGAACAGCACAGAACUUUCUUUCUAUUUUUCUCAAAAAAUGUGGAAGCAAGCAGGGUGAAGAAGAUUAUAGACCGCUGUUCGAGAAUUUUGUCCAGGAUCUUUUGUCUACAGUUAACAAGCCUGAGUGGCCUGCUGCUGAGUUGCUACUAAGCUUGUUGGGGAGGCUCCUGGUUCAUCAGUUCAGUAACAAGUCUACAGAGAUGGCACUGCGAGUAGCUUCUCUAGAUUAUCUUGGGACUGUAGCUGCUCGACUCAGGAAAGAUUCAGUUACCAGCAAGAUGGACCAGGGAUCGAUAAACCGGAUUCUUAAACAGGUCCCAAAAGGUGAUGAUGAAAUUCAGCAGCUCCAAAAAGCUCUUUUGGAUUAUUUAGAAGAAAAUACAGAGACAGAUCCAUCAUUAGUGUUUUCUCGGAAAUUUUAUAUAGCUCAGUGGUUUCGUGACACUACAAUGGAGACCGAGAAAGCAAUGAAAACUCAAAAAGAUGAAGACUCUGAGGGAACUCACCAUGCAAAGGAGAUUGAAUCCACUGGAGAGAUCAUGCAGAGAGCAGAGAAACGGAAGAAGUUUCUACGGACCAUUAUUAAAACCGCACCAUCACAGUUCAGCACUUUGAAGACAAAUUCAGACAUUGUGGACUAUGAGGAUGCCUGUUUGAUAGUGCGCUAUUUGGCCUCUAUGAGGCCGUUUGCCCAGAGCUUUGAUAUUUAUUUGACUCAGAUUUUGCGGGUACUUGGAGAAAAUGCUAUCGCUGUCAGAACAAAAGCCAUGAAAUGUUUGUCGGAGGUGGUUGCUGUUGACCCCAGCAUUCUUGCAAGGUUGGAUAUGCAAAGAGGUGUUCACGGGAGACUAAUGGAUAACUCAACAAGUGUCAGAGAAGCAGCUGUAGAAUUACUUGGACGGUUUGUGCUCUGUCGGCCCCAACUUGCAGAACAGUAUUACGACAUGCUGGUGGAGCGAAUUCUGGACACUGGUAUUAGUGUUAGAAAAAGAGUAAUAAAAAUCUUGCGAGACAUCUGCUUGGAACAACCAACCUUUCCAAAAAUCACUGAAAUGUGUGUGAAAAUGAUUCGACGGGUCAACGAUGAGGAGGGAAUUAAGAAACUAGUGAAUGAAACAUUCCAGAAGCUCUGGUUUACUCCAACUCCUGAAAAAGAUAAAGAAGCAAUGACCAGGAAAAUAUUAAAUAUAACAGAUGUGGUUGCAGCUUGCAGGGAUACAGGAUAUGAUUGGUUUGAACAACUUCUUCAAAAUUUAUUAAAGGCAGAAGAGGACACCUCCUAUAAACCUGUGAAGAAGGCAUGCACUCAGCUAGUAGAUAAUCUGGUAGAACACAUUCUGAAACAUGAGGAGAGUCUCUCUGACUCUGACAGUAAGGGAGUGAAUUCUGGCCGGUUGGUAGCUUGUAUAACUACAUUGUUCUUAUUCAGUAAAAUCAGGCCUCAGCUUAUGGUGAAACAUGCAAUGACCAUGCAGCCAUAUCUUACCACUAAAUGUAGCUCUCAGAAUGAUUUUAUGGUUAUAUGCAAUGUUGCAAAAAUCUUGGAACUGGUUGUACCAUUAAUGGAGCACCCCAGUGAAACAUAUUUGGCAACAAUAGAAGAGGAUCUAAUGAAACUUAUAAUCAAAUAUGGCAUGACAGUAGUGCAGCAUUGUGUUAGCUGUCUGGGAUCUGUUGUAAAUAGAGUAACACAAAAUUAUAAAUUUGUGUGGGCCUGUUUUAAUAGAUAUUACGGUGCUCUAUUAAAGUUAAAAAGUCAGCAUCAAGAGGACCCUAAUAGUACAAUCCUAACCACAAAUAAACCAGCACUACUUAGGUCCCUCUUCACUGUUGGUGCAUUGUGUCGGCACUUUGAUUUUGAUCAGGAAGAUUUCAAAGGCAGCAGCAAAGUUAACAUAAAAGACAAAGUUUUGGAGCUCCUGAUGUAUUUCACAAAGCAUUCAGAUGAGGAGGUGCAAACAAAAGCCAUCAUUGGUCUUGGGUUUGCAUUCAUCCAGCACCCAAUUUUGAUGUUUGAAGUAGAAGUGAAAAACUUGUACAAUAACAUUCUUUCGGAUAAGAACAGCUCUGUAAAUCUAAAAAUUCAAGUUUUAAAAAAUCUGCAAACCUACCUGCAAGAAGAAGAUACUCGGAUGCAAGAAGCAGAUAGAGAUUGGAAAAAACUUUCUAAGCAGGAAGAUUUAAAAGAAAUGGGAGAUAUUUCCUCAGGGAUGAGCAGUUCCAUUAUGCAGCUUUACCUCAAACAAGUUCUUGAGUCCUUCUUUCACACUCAGUCCAGUGUACGCCACUUUGCUCUGAAUGUCAUUGCAUUGACUUUAAAUCAAGGCCUCAUUCAUCCUGUUCAGUGUGUGCCAUAUCUUAUUGCAAUGGGAACAGAUCCAGAACCAUCCAUGAGAAACAAAUCAGACCAGCAGUUGGUAGAAAUAGACAAGAAAUACACUGGAUUCAUCCAUAUGAAAGCUGUGGCUGGCAUUAAGAUGUCCUACCAGGUGCAACAAGCAAUCAUUUCAGAUAAAAAGCAUUUAGUGAGAGGAUUCCGACAGGACGAGUCCACUACUGCAUUAUGUUCACACCUUUACUCCAUGAUUAGAGGGAAUCGUCAGCACAGAAGGGCCUUCCUUAUCGCAUUACUUAAUCUAUUUGAUGAUGCUGCGAAAACUGAGGUGAAUAUGCUUGUGUAUAUAGCGGACAAUCUAGCUUGCUUUCCAUAUCAAACCCAGGAAGAGCCUCUCUUUAUCAUGCAUCACAUAGAUAUUACAUUAUCUGUUUCUGGUAGCAAUCUGCUUCAGUCAUUCAGAGAGUCAAUGGUGACAAGAAAACCAAAAGUUAAGGAGGCAGCAUCUGAAGAAGAGAGCAGCAGUGAGAGUGAAAAGGAAGUAACCCGGCCUCGAAAAUCUAGAAGGCGAGCAAAUUCUCACUCUGAUUCAGAAGAUGAGGAUGAUGUGGAAUACGUACUUAACUGCCUGCCUGAGGACACUGUACCUCUAAUAGAAUUUGCAAAUGCCUCUCAAGGAAUUCUUUUGCUUUUAAUGUUAAAGCAGCAUUUGAAGAAUCUUUGCGGAUUUUCAGAUGGUAAAAUUCAGAAGUAUUCUCCCUCUGAAUCUGCUAAAGUGUAUGACAAGGCUAUCAACAGAAAAACAGGAGUCCAUUUCAACCCUAAGCAGACAUUAGAGUUUUUGAAGCGAGAUGUGACCUGCGCCAAGAUAAAUGAUGAUAUCAAGAGGACAAUUGCAAAACAAUAUCUGGAUUUUAAGCUGCUUAUGGAGCAUUUAGAUCCUGAUGAGGAAGAGGAGGAAGGAGAGGUGUCAGCUAGCACAGACGCCCGAAACAAGGCCAUUACCUCUUUGCUUGGUGGGAACAGCCCUAAAAACAAUGCAGCUGAAACUGAAGAGGAAGAGAGUGAAGGAGAGGAGAAAACAGCAACAGCACCAACGCCAGGGCUAAGGAAAUCAAAAAGGUUUUCUGACUCUUCAGAGGUGGCAGCUCAGAAGAAAGAAACUCUGGAAGCCCAGGAUGUUAUUGCUCUUUGUUGUCCAAAGUACAAGGAUCGGCCACAGAUUGCAAAAGUAGUACAGAAGACCAGCCAUGGCUACAGUGUUCAAUGGAUGGCUGGCUCCUACAGUGGCACCUGGGCCGAGGCAAAACGCCGUGAUGGCAGAAAACUGGUGCCUUGGGUAGACACUAUAAAAGAGUCAGACAUUAUUUACAAAAAAAUUCCUCUAACGAGCGGUAACAAGCUGACUAAUAAAACUGCGCAGACUUUACGAUCGCUGUAUGCAGCCAAGGACGGGACUUCCAGCUAAUAAAUUUGUAUAUUUGCAGCCAAAUUAACAGGAAUUGAGAACACACACAAACUUGAAAUCUCAGCAUUCUUGCAAAAAAUAAAUAAAUAAAUCAGUUUUAUGAAGAGUAAGAACGGAACUUACGCCGUUAGAAGGAAAAUGUUUGGUAAACAUUUUUGUGGGAGCUUCCUUCGCUGUUGUACAGCAGAAACUUCUCAGUUCAUUUUUACUCCCACUGUAUUAUAGUUUAACAAAAAUUGUUUAUAUCUUGAAGAAAACUUUCUGUUUAAAAAAAACAAACAAAAAAAAUAUAAAAAUAAACAAGUGAAUGUUGAAAAUUAGUCUGUUAAUGUUCUUAAUAAAGUGUUCUUGGAGUUUAACCUAGCAGCGGAUGGCUUUCUUUAGCUUAGCCCGGUUUCCAGGGAAGCUUUUUUUUCUCCAGGCUGUAAAGUGGCAGAAUGCUCUGGAUAUAUAUAAUUUAUUACUUUGAAAAAAGCAUGCAGUAUCUAUGACCUAUCUGCAGGAGGAGGUUUUUUAUGUAAAUGUAGAUUUUGAUGUAUUAGGUCACCCUGAAAUUAUACACGAAAAGGGAUCCCCAGAUAAACUGGUGGAGAUAAUACUGCAAUAAAUUUUUUUACUUCUUUCUUACUUGUCUGUUUCCAUUUGAAUUUUUUAAUGUAAAGCUCUGUUUUAAAUGAUUAUAUUAUUUUGCAGUCUUAUGUAAAUUUUAAUAUCAGUUGUUUUCAACACAAGGCAUAAAAUAUUGUUUAUACAAUUUGUAUAGACUGACCUCAAAGUAACUGGUAUCUUUAUUUUAUCCCCUGUAAAGUUAUAGACAUAAUUAAUUCCUGAUUUUAUUGUAUCCUAAGAUAUUUAGUGUUAACUAUGAUUUAGCACUGUGCCAAACACAUUUUCAGAAUGUUUGAUAUAAAAAGAAACUAUAGUUUA